AAUCAUGGUCUUCACCAUCGUCACCAUCAUCUUCCUCCCUCUCUCCUUCAUCGCCGCCAUGUUCACCAUCAACAUCCAAGAAUUCCCCCACCAACCCGGUAGCGACGAGCCGUCGCUCCCCCUCUCCUUCGUUGGCAAAUACAUGUUCGGCAUCGGCCUCGCAAUCUCCAUCCCCUUCAUCGCCAUCGCCCUCUCCUUCGACGCGAUCGGCGACUUCUUCCGCGAAGUCAAACGCAGAUUCCGCGACCGAAAAGCGAACGCACAGCACGCCCGUGCGGAUCACAACAACGAUACGCUUACAGACCCUUACGCUGGCAUCGAGAGACUUGACUACGGCGAUGCCAUGGAUACCCGCACGAUCGAAGAGGCGCUCAGCCGUAGCCGUAACCGCAGCCCGGCAUUUCGCCCAGACGGACGCCGCAGCAUCGAAAGCUACCUUAGCAGUGCGCGUGCCAACAGGUGGAACGACGGAGGCUCGCUACUUCCCGUCGCCAGUCGCAGCACUACUGCACGGAGCGGUGUAAAAGGCGGUAUGACCGUUCUGAAUGGCCUAGAUGGCGCCACGAGUCUGAAUCAGCGGCUCAGUGUUGAUAGGGCGGAGAGACAGGGUCCCAUUGAGCGGGUUAGUACUGGGUUCAGGAUGAGGAACAGUAGUGAUUUUCAACGGUGAAAUAUUGCUUCUUGUGACGCAACCCCUAUAUCGGUAUACAAGCGAGUUUAGAUUUUGCCUUGUUUUGAGUUGUCGUAGAUACCCUAUUUACCUAGUUAUACUUAGUCUUAUAUGAAAUGCAACGUACACAAUGACA